AAUUUAUCCUUUUAUGUCAGGUGAGGCCUGGGAUGGGCUAUGUCUACCAAACUUCUAUUCACCAUUGAUGUAUUCAGUCUACAAAAGUGUAAAGCAGUACAUAAACUAACUAGGCAGGAUUAAGAGUGCAAUGGCCACAAACCUGGAGCGGACACCAGGUCACAUCCAAUUUCGAAUUCAUGAUGACUUGAAAUGCAAAAAUCGAGUACAUGGAUGUGACUUUUAUGGGAAUCCAUCAUGGGAAGGAUACUGCUCCCACUGUUACCGGGAGCUGGUACAGAAGAGGAAAGAACAGAAAGCCCAGAAACGGAGUACCCCGGGCAAAGAGGGAUCAGCCACACUACGGAUUCCAGAGAAAUUGAAAAGCUUGAGCAAAGUGAGAAGGUCCCACAGUGAUGUGAGUGGAGGCACACCAUCCCCACAGCAUGAGUCUCGCUUCUCCCGCUUUGAGGAAAAGAAGAAACAUCAGAGUGACAAGCGUACAACUACUCUCAAGUCCAUCAUGAAUAUAAAGAGCCCUCGUCGAGAUGGGAAACUUCGGUCUCAACUCCGUGACGUGAGUGAAGAGAGUCGUGAGGUCACUCGCUCUUUUGAUGAAUUUCUACGGAAGCUGAAUCAGCCAGCCAGUGAAGAUAUCUCUAAGCAUAUCAAGACCUUUCUUGAGCGAACACUCAGGGUCAUGCUAGACUCCAAUUUGGAUGAUCUGGCAGAACAUAUUCAGAACUUCUAUCAAUCCAUGUCAGAGAAGCUGGCAUCUCAUCCUGCCUUUCACUCAUUCUCUCGAGAUCGCACAGCAGACUUAAUGGACUUCAUUGAGAAAUGUGUGAUGACAAGACUCUAUAAGCCAAUCUUUGAUGCCAUCAGCACAACCUAUGAAGUCAAGGACUUGGAAGUACAAAACAGGAUUCGCAGUUUCAACUGGGUGAGUUCUAUGCACCUUGACUGUGGGAUCCAGGAGAGUCGGCCUGAUAUGAGAGAGAUGAUUGAUGAGGCUAUCACCUAUAUAAUUGAAGUGGACUCAAAACGUGCCCCACAAGACAAGUUGUCAUGCAUAGUCAAGUGUGCCAAGCAGAUCUUCUCGGUGCUUCAAGAGUCAAAGGCAAGGUCCUUGAUGUUAGACUCUGAGAGCUCGGCAUCCAGUGUGGCCAUCUCAGCUGAUGAUUUCCUCCCAGCUCUCAUCUAUGUUGUCCUCAAGGCGAAUCCCACACGACUCCACAGCAACAUCAGCUACAUCUCUCGCUUCUGCAACCCAAAGCGACUUAUGACUGGAGAGGGAGGAUAUUAUUUUACCAAUCUUUGCUGUGCAGUGGAGUUCAUUGAACGCAUUGAAGCAUCGAGCCUGAAUCUGUCAGAGGAGGAGUUUGAGCGUUACAUGUCUGGGGAAGCGCUUCCUCCUGGGGGAGGCUGGGAAGGCGGAGUGUGGCUCUGUGAAGGGAUGCGUCUCCUUCGUCAAAGCACCAAGGCUCUUCAUGAUCUAUCACAGCGGGAAGAGAAGCUAUUCACUCAUGCUGUGGAGCUCAAGCAGGAAAUGCUUCUGUUUCAGAAAGGGCUGGAAGAGCAGGUGGAGUUGUUGAUGAAGAAUUUACCUCUGGAGAUGAAACCACGGCCCCAAGCACCUACGCUCGAGGUGGAACUUGAUGGCGAUCGACCUCAGGGUGUAGAUACUUUAUUGCCUCCACCCCUCCUUCCAGAACCUCAGAUACAGUUGAGUGGAGAACCUUUGCUACCACCAGCCAUCCCACCCAAGGGAGGCAAUCAAUCCAAGCCACCUCCUCUGCCACCCAAGCGAGGAGGACGGGUGGUCACAGACAUGAGCAUUCUGGAUAUGGACUCCCCCGACCCAGACUUACCAUCUCCGCUAAAACCUGCUGCAUAUUGUGGACUGGCUGCUCUCAAUAAUAACACCAUUCCCACCAUUCCGUGCGAUACGGGCCAUUCGGCCCAGUGCCCCGAGCCAGAUGGAAAGCCCAAGGUCAAUGAAACUGUUGUCAAGGUGCUGUCUGGUCUUAUGGAUACUUUUGAUAACUUUUAG